AUAAUUUCAUUAAAAUAUGCAUGAAAAGAUUCAAUAUACCCGCGCCUAGUCUAGCGCCGUUCGAGCAGUUGCAUAGGUGUGUUUUCCCAAUUCAGCAGACCUUUUAUCGGCAAAUUUUGUUCGAGAAAAGCAAUUAUGGUUCCCCAGGAAUGGCUUGUUGAAGACGAGAGCGCCAAGGAGAUGCUCGAUAGGGUUCAGACGGAGCGGCCCUUCUUCCUUCUUCCUCCUCUUCAUGGGGUUCCUCUGCGCGUCGGCAAUGUCGUCGAAAUUGUUGGUCCUUCUCCUUCCGCCAAAACCCACAUCUUGAUUCAGGCUGCAAUCAACUGCAUCCUGCCUCAAGAGUCGGAUGGCGUCAAGUAUCGAGGACUCGGGCGUUUAGUGAUGUUCCUAGAUUUGGAUUGUCACUUUGACAUUUUACGGUUUUCGGAAUUGUUCAAGCUUCGGACGUUGGAAGCCAGAGGGGAGCAAAACAGAGGGAAAUGGAAGGAUAUUGUCUUCCCUUCCCCUCCCCUCCCCUCCCCUCCCCUCCCUUCCUCUCCCUCCUUUUCCCUCAAACCAAACAUGGGGUUAGUGUUGUCAGAAAUGCAUACCCAAGACCUAUUAGAUGUUUGGACUUAUUGCGCAGGUGAUCAGAGAAUGUUUCUUGAGGUAGAGACCAAGGCCAGGGAUCAACAACCCACCAUAAUACUAACUUCAGUCCCUGCACUAGGUGCAGCUUUUGGUGCAAAAUUUCUUGAAGUAUCUGGCAUGUUGUUUUCUUUGAGUUCUUUGCAAGCUCAGAAAGCAUUUGCUGACAAUCUACAAGAUCAGAGUUCAGGAGAAAGAGAAAGAGAACUGGCUUUAAACAGCUCCGAAAGGGGUGAAAGACAGUGCGAUUUAGAAUCUCAUACUGAUGGUGAUGGAUAUAGAUGCCAGAUAAACAGUGAUGUUAUCAGCAGUCCCCACAAUAUGGAUGUUGAUGACUCUGCUGGAGUUCAUUGGGAAUGCAAAGCUACAAUUGAAGAUAUUAACCGUAGGGUUGAACUUAAUCCUCACCAAAUUGUGAACCCUGGCAAAGAGAGUGAUUUAAGUGGUGCAAAUGAGGGUGCAAAGGCUGUUGUGGUGGAAUUGACUACUCCAUCCACACCUGGUUGCAAAGGCGAAGAUGGUACCAAUGGAGAAGUGGCUCCUGGCAAUGUGUUUUCCAUUCAACAUCUAUGCCUGUUGGUACUGAUUCUCGAAGUGUUAACCGAUCCGAUUCUAAGGAUUCCAAUUCUGCCAAAAUACAGAAGACCAUAGCCUCAAAGGAAAACAUCUUGUCAAAAACUGCUUUGAGAGUUCUACAUUGUAAAAGAGAUGAACUGGUUAGAUUUUUUUUUUCUUUUACUUUGUUGAAACAAUUCCCAAGAUGCAUCCCUCCUUUGACUUGGCAAACACAAAGAUAACUAGAUUCAUAAUUAAUAUGGAGUUGAUUACAAUUUCAGGUUUAUGUUGAUGAGAUUGAUAUAAUGAUUGUGUGAAUUUUUGAAGUGAAUUUCACUAUUUUGAAUGAAAACUGUGAACUUUGGAUAUUCCAGUUGGUUGAUUUUACCACACAGAUUUUAUCAGUUAGUGAAUCUUGUUGUUUUGAUUAUUCUGGCUCUUCUAUUUCAUAUUCACAGUUGGUUCAUUGUGUUCUUUUGCAUCUUCCUUUCUACGUGAAGAUACUUGUAAAUUUUACAUAAAUUAUGUUGCUCAUC